UCCGGUCGGCGAACUGAAAACGAGCAUGAGAGCUUUUGGUUGCUAUUUAUAACACGUAGUAUUAAUCUCUUUUAUUAUUCCUCCUACAUAUAUAACCCAAUCGACAGCUUAAAAUGGCAGGAUUGAUUGCGGGAACUACUGUUAAAAGACUGUCUACAGCCGCCCAAUUUUUCACAGACGAGGAACACAACGAAGAAGACGAAGCAGAAACAGCUAAGCAAUCCACAUCUGAAAAAGUGGUAGAUCUCCUAAACAGAGCCUCUGUUUUGACAAAAGAUAAUGAAAAGACUGGACUUCUUAAGCAGGUACAAGAGCUUAUUAUUCACAAAGAUCCAGAACUUCUGGAUAACUUCUUAGAUGAAAUGAUUGCUUUUCAAACUGAUCGAUCAGUUGAUGUGAAGAAGUGUAUCAUAGGCUUUAUGGAAGAGGCUUGUAAGAAAGAUCCAGAAUGUUUGCCACGUGUAAUGCCAUCUUUGGCACACCUUUUUGCUGAUGAGAAUAUAAACGUGCAGAAAAAAGUAAUUCUGUCCUUUGCAACCAUCUACCGCAGUGCUUUGCAGUGGGUAAGCAAAGCUAAAAGUGUGAGAUCUGAAAUGACAGCAGUAUGGGAGCAUGUGAACCAGAUAAAGUCUAGAAUGGUGGAAAUGCUAGACUCUGACAAUGAUGGAGUGCGUACACAUAUUGUGAAAUUCCUGGAGGGUCUAACUUUAGCUCUUUCCAAGAAGAGCCCUGAAUCUGAAAUGCCCAAGAAGCAAGAAGGUGAUUUGUCUUUAGAUCAAGUGAUGGAAAACAACCGUCUGAUUCGACUAAAGAAGCUGGAAGAAGAAGGCCAGACUAGCUUCUUGACUUUACUACAGUUUCAGGGAUCAUUGCAUAUUUCAAGUAUCAACUUGAUGACGGUUAUGGGAGCUCUGACCAACAUUGCCAGGCAACGACCUCAGUUUUUUGACCAGGUUGUGCAAGGCUUUGAAGCCUUACAUGUGAACCUGCCUCCAACUCUGGCUAAGUCGCAGGUCAGCAGCGUUCGUAAGAACCUUAAAAUGCAGAUGCUUAUGUUGCUGCGUCAUCCCAUGUCCGCAGAUUUUGUCCCACAGAUCACCACUUUGCUCACUGAUCUUGGGGCCACCCAGUCAGAGAUCAAUAAAGCUCUUCCUAAAGAGGAGAGUCGUAAGCGUAAAACAGAGGAGCCAGGGCCCUCUGCUCUGAAGAAAGCGAAGACUGAACCUCUGUUACCAGAGAUUGAUGAUGAUGAUGACAUUGGGAUGACGCCAUGGACUGACAGAACCAGGAAGCAGCCAACAUCUUUACAGCGCCAGACUGCUAUUGAUAUUACAGCAGAAGAUCUACUGCCACGGUUAUCAGUUCAGCAUGUGGCUGACUUGGUACUGCUAAGCAUGGUUAUGCUGCCAGAAGCAAUGCCUGCACAGUUCCAGUCUACGUACACACCUAUAGCAGCUGCUGGCACUGAUGCUCAAAUUAAACACAUCUCCCGUUUGCUAGCCACUCAGUUGACAAUGGCAGGCAUGGGCAAAGGUGUUGGGGAACUUAAAUUACAAGCUAUGAAGAAAGUAGAUGACCAGAAAGAUGGGGGAGAGACUCCUGCCUAUGAUGAUGGCAGUACAUCCCCAAACAGCUCAUCCAGACUGUGGUUGGUGGACUUACUGCAAGGGAAGAAGAGGAGCGAGCAGAGCACAUGAAGGACAGAUUUCCUUCCACCAACCUCUGCUCCACUUCCACGAAAAGGAUUACGUCAGUUCAAGCUGGAAAGUGUAACCAAACCUUUGGAUUCAGAAACACUGGAUGCUAUGACUGUGGCCAUCUUUAAGCGCAUUUUAGAUUCAGAAAGAAUGGCUUCUGUAAACCACAUACAGGGAGCCAGAACCAAAAUUUUGUCUUGCCUGACUUCUCAGUUUGGGGGAUGUUUGAAAGACAUUCUGGAAGGAUACAUAUUUGAUGACCUCCGAAACCGCUAUGACCUCGCCUUUUCCUGGCUGUACCAGGAAUACACCAACUGUCAAAACUACAACUCGGCUAGCAUUCCAGGAAAAGCUGCAGAUAUGUCAUCUUAUGAUGAAUGCCUUACUCGUCUCUUAAAAGGCUUGUCAGAGAUGCCUGACCAGAAAGAUGGUCUUUUUCAUCGCUUAAUCCUUGAGGCUCCUGUCAUCACAGACAAUGCCAUGCAGAUUAUACGCAAGUUUUGUGCCAACGAGGCACACACAGAAGCAGGAAUGAAGACAUUAAGAGAUCUCAUUAUGAUGCGACCAAAGAACAGGCUUGACUUCAUGGAUGUGAUGCUUACCUUUACAGCUAGUGAAAGACCAGAGAUACGUAAUCCAGCCAUUCAAACAGCCCAGAAGUUAUAUGAAAACAAGCAGCUGCGACCAAGCAUUGAGUUUUAUGCAAUUAAGCAACUGAAACAGCUGCUUGAAACCAGACCAGAGACAUCAGCUGACCAGAAACGUUGGCAAGGGGGCAAUGCAGAAAGCUGGGGUGAGGAGUCAAUCAAGGCACACUUGUAUUUGUAUCUGGGUCUUCUUCCUGCCAACCAUGCUCUGAUACACGAACUUGCCAACAUCUACACAGCCACUUCUGCUGACAUCAAGCGUACCAUUCUGCGAGUUCUGGAGGGACCAGUCAAAGGAAUGGGAAUGGACUCCCCAGAGCUGCUUCGUCUUGUCGAGAACUGUCCAAAAGGCUCGGAGACCCUGGUGAUGAGAGUCAUUCAUAUUCUGACUGACAAAGCUGUUCCAUCUCCAGAGCUUGUCGAUCACAUUCGUGACCUUUAUCACAAACGGGUCCCUGAUGUCCGCUUUUUGAUUCCUGUGCUCAAUGGACUUUCCAAGAAAGAGGUAAUUGCUGCUCUGCCUAAACUGAUUAAACUGAAUCCAAUGGUGGUGAAAGAGGUCUUUAACCGGCUGAUGGGAGCACACAUUACUGCUAAUGCCUCAUAUGUAUCGCCUCUUACACCAGAUGAACUGCUAGUGGCUCUCCAUAACAUUGAUCCCUUGAAAUGUGAUAUGAAAACCAUAAUCAAAGCUGCAAAUAUGUGCUUCAGUGAACGUAGUAUCUACACCCAGGAAGUGCUUGCAAUUGUCAUGCAGCGACUGAUGGAACAAACUCCUUUACCAACUUUGCUGAUGCGCACAGUCAUCCAGUCUUUAUCAAUGUAUCCACGGCUAAUUGGAUUUGUCCUCAACAUUCUUCAGAGACUCAUCCUUAAACAGGUGUGGAACCAGAAAAAAGUUUGGGAGGGUUUCAUUAAGUGCUGUCAGCGCACUAAGCCGCAGUCAUUCCAGGUGCUUUUGCAGCUCCCACCAGCCCAGCUUAGCAAUGUCUUUCAGAUCUCUCCUGACCUUCGCAUUCCUCUACUUACUCAUGUCAGGUCCUUCACCCCACUUCAGUUAGCUCAUAUUCCACCAGAGAUCAUGCAUGUGCUUGAGACAGAGCCAGAACCAGUUGAGGAGCCAAUGGAUACUGUUCCAGUCACCCAUGAGAUAGAACCAGAGCCUGCACCACCAGGUGUGACAGAACCGUCACCGUCUAGUCUUCCUGACGCAGUACUGUCAUCUAAAAUUGAGGCAAACAUCUUAGCAUCCACCAUUAAAAUAGUGUCAGAGGCAAAACCUGCAAUAGGAAAACCUCAGCCAAUAUCUGCUGUUACAGCUGUAAGAACCGCCACCAUUCUACCUACACUAAAGAGUGAAGAAAAACCAUCAAAGACCUCAUCAGCAUCAAAUGACGCAGAGGAAAUAUCUCAGAACGCAAAAUCUUCAGCGGUUGUUACUCUCGUCCAGCAGACACCAGACCUGCAGUCACACUCACUACUCACUCCUGUUGCAGUCCUGACCACAUCAGUGUCAUCAACAUCAGACCCAAUUACCUGUGCAGCUAUACAAAAUAUGAAGCCAGUGUCAGGAACAGCUAGCAACAGAUUUCAGUUACAAGGUACUGGUGAGACAGGGUCUGAGUCAAGAAACAUUUCUUCAUCAGAGAAUGUGUGUGAUAUAGGCAUUUCUAACACCCAGAUGAUUUCUUCUCCAGAACUUGAUGUGCAAAAUGUUAUUGUGCCUCAAGCACUUUUCACAACAGAGUCUGCAGUCAAGCAAGAACAAAUGGAAUUGAGAGAAUCACCGGGCAAAUCACCAAGUUUAGAAGAACAACCAGAAUCAACAGGUUCACAGAGUUCUGGUGCUGCUGAAGAGUUAGUAGCAGAAGCAUAUGAAGGUCAGUUGCCUUCAGGGAGCAAUCCAAGUAAUGCAAAGAAAACCAGCAGGAGUCCAAAGUCAAAGCCUACUACAACAGAGCUCAAGUCAGAAACAAGCCAAAAAACCACAGAGGAAGCUCAGCAAGAAUAUGAUGCACCUGAAGAAAAGUCUGCUGAAGAGACUACAGACACAGGAAAACGGAGAUCUGGGCGAACUUCUAAACCACCUCCACGGCGCAGCACAAGAACUAAAAAAUAAAAAUUUAAUUACAUCUUCUCAGAAAUGAAUGACAUUUCUUAAAUUUCCCUCCCAUUCUAUGGGGGUUGGGAGAUCGUCAAAUGUUGGAGAUUGUUCUGGACAACUUUAUUUUUUAAUUGCAGCAAGAAAUCACUUUUAUUGUUUUGUUUUUUGUUUUUUUAAAAUCAUCUGCUUUUUUGAACCAUGUUAACUUUGAUGACAUUUAUCAAAAGCAGAAAAAUUGUUCGCAACAUUCAGAACCUUGUUCACAAGAAUUAAUUUAGAUGUACAUAAUUAAUUAAGUUCCCUGGAGUUAAAGAAAAGUUCUAACUUUUUCAAAAAGAAACAUUAGCCAUGGUUGUUGACAAAGUCAUCACAUUUUGCAGUCUUCUCAAAAAUGGUUGUUUAGUUUUUCAGAGUUGUUAAUCAUUUGUUUAUGCAUUAAAGUUAACUGAAGGUUAACAUGUUGGCAGGAUGUUCUAUUUAGUGACAAGACUUUAUUGUUAAAAAAAAUUAGGACAGCAUCUCUACUAAAUUGAACUAUUUCAAUCAACAGGUUAACUUGAAUUUAUAGAUUUGCCAUAUUUUGCAGAGAAGUGAAUUGUGCAGAAGGGAUUUUGUGGUUUGUAUUUUUUUUUUCUAUUUAGGUAUAUUUUUGUGGACUGAUGUGAUGUUGCACUGUCUUGAUAAGCAUUGUUUAUACGUAGCAGAAACGGAAGUGCUGCUCACAUCAUCGGAUUGUAAUUAUUUCACAUUGAUUUGUUUGGGUAUUUCACUUUGGUCCAAGUCUUGUGAUGUACUGCUUGCACUUUUUUUUUUUUUUUUUUGAGCUGUUAGUUUCUUUGGAUACUAUUUUUUCUUUCUAAAUCUCUACUGCCAACAUCAUGUGUAAAGUCAUGAAUCGUUGUAGUGUUCACUUUACCUACAGUUGAAUCAUAUUAAAGAUGAAAACCAAAAUUUAAAAAUGUGUUUACUUGCUCAGUAAAUGUACACACACUCUCUCUCUCUUCUUCAAGACAACAUUUUAAAAAAAUUCAUAUGCUUUGAUGAAAAAAUAGCUCUUCAUAGAUUCCCCCCACCUCCCCAAGAAAUUAAGAUUAAGAGUAAAAAGAAAUAGAUGAGGACAGUGCACAUUUCAGCAAGAGAUGUAUGGAACCACAUGAAUUGGUACAAAAUAGAUUAGUUCCAGCUGCAGUAAGCAGUUGCCAAUGAAGGCCUCCAAGCGGUGUUAAUUUGGUAUUGACCUAAGAUCAUCUUUCACAUGUUUAUUUGACUAGCUGACCAACACAUGAUGAUAUCAACAAAAAUAUAUACAUGUAAAGAUUAAUCUUGGUAUAGAAAGCAACACCAGUGAGUUGACAGUCACUCUUCCACAAGAAGGAAUGACGAUGGGGGGAAGAUUUUAAUCUGAAUGCUUACAAUGUAUGGUAUACAAGCCCUGGGACAUUAAGGAAAACUUAGAAACAACAGCAUUCCUCAUAAAGAAAAAUCAAAGUCGGGAUGGUAGAUUUAAAAAAAAAAAUUAUUUGUAUUCUACCACAAUUCAGCCUUGUGGUAUUAAACUUUCAGGCAUUUGGAGUCUAAGACUGAUUAGGGUGUCAGCUCUGUAAACAGGUCUCUUACCAAAGGUAUUCCUCUAAGCAGAAUAUAUUAAUAUUUGAGUUAAAGUGAAGUAUAUCCAUGUAUAUGUAAUAUAUGUAUGUAUAUUUAUGCACACAUGCAUGUGUUAGUUGAUGUGCUGGUGUGAGAGAUGUUUCCGCCUACCCCAUUGUUCUUUGUUCAGCACCCCACAUACCAAUUUCAAGAGCUUCUUUAAGGACAUUUGCUUAUUGUGUAAAAUUCCUAAAACAUGGACAGUGCACUGAUCCCUACUUAAAAUAACUAUGUAAUUUAAAAUACUGUUUAUUGAAUGAUAAUGAAGCUUAUAAAAAGCUAUGAAAUUGUGAUUUUUUUCUUUAAAUAUUGUGAAGGUUCUAUUGUGGAGUUAACUCAGAUGUUCAAAUGCAUGCAUUUUAGGCUCAUUCUUCUACUGAGUGAAUGUGUGAAUGAGAGAUUGUGUGUGCAUGCAGAUGUGAGUGAUGGUUCUCACAGACAUGAACCAGCUUAUGGUUAACAAAACAUCAUUAGUUGAUGUUUCAGCAAAGUGGAUGACCUUUUCAUUUGUUUUUCUUUGCACUUUUUGCACAGCUGAUGAUUUUUGAAAAAUCUGCUUAGCACUUGUAACGACAUUUGUGCAGUGGCAUAGGAAGAUGCUUGGCUUUUUGGGAGGAAGGGGCAACUCCAUGCUGACAGUGAAUAAUGCUUACACUUCCACAUUACUGAAAAAACUUAUUUGGUGCAUGAGUGCAGCCAUAUGCAUACACAUACACACACUUGCAUAAUGCACAUCACAAUAUAUGCUGCUUUCAGUGUCAAAUGACAAAGCAGCACUUAACAAGAAACAAAACUCACUGAAAAAUUACUCACCUGGUUAUCAUAAUCACAGGAAAUUCUUUAAUAUUCAGAAUAAGAUGAACUUUGUAAUUAUAUUCAUCACAUUCAAGGUUUGCAAGUCUGUGUGCAAAAAAAAAAAUUGUCUUUGAUUAACGCCUUUGUUUUCUAGUAGUGUUUCGUUUUCCUUUCUUUAGAUCAAAGGUUAGAUGUGAGAAGCAUAACUGUUGCUUAUUCUUGCUACCCUCAGAAAUAAAGAUUUGUCAUUUA